AUGGCACACCUUGCUCAGGUCCCCUCGCCUGUCGGCAUCUUCCCUCAAUUUUUUGCCCGCAGUUCUGAAACCCUCGUACUGAAAGAAAAGGUCCUCUCGCUGACCGGCGACGACUUCCACAUCAAGCUUGCAAACGGUACACCUAUCUUGCGCGUCGCGGGCAAGGUUAUGUCGAUAUCCGGAAGAAAAAAGGUGUUCGAUGAACAAGGAAACCAUAUCUUCGACAUCGUCAAGGAACACUUCCACAUCCACACGACGUUCCGCGUCGAGGAUGCUCAUGAGAAGAAGAUCAUGGAAGUCAAGAGCUCAUUCAAGCUGAUGGGAAGCAAGGCGACCGCAACCUUCACAUCGCAGUCCGGCAAGCAAGAAAUACUCACGAUGCGCGGAAACUGGUUCGAUACAACCGCAGAUAUCACGGAUGAGGCUCAAGGCAAUGCCGUCGUAGCACGCAUCGACCGCAAGCUCCUCAGUGGCAAGGACAUCUUCUUCGGCCAGCAGACAUACGCCGUGACUGUCGCACCAGGCGUUGACAUGGCUCUGAUAGCAGCACUGUGCAUUUGUCUCGACGAGAAGAACAACGAGGGCGGCUCGUAG